AAAUGCAGCAGGCAGAGUGGCGGGAGUGAUGAAAAGGGAUUUCAAAUGAGUGAAAGUGGAUGUGAUUUAACUGCCAGAGAUUGAAGGUGGGAGGGGGAAGGGUUAUGUUCUAUCCUACAGCAACUUGACUCCACUUUCUUUCUUGUAUUAAAAUUGCGUUGUCCAACUUAUAUGCUCCACUUGCUGGCUCGUGCUAGAUUGGAUUGUUUCACUCCAUCUUUUUACUUGUUAUCACAUCUGUUGCAGCAGACAUGGCUCCCACAUGUGCAUCACCGUCGUCGUCUUUGUGUCAGCCUUGCUGGACAAUUGUCACCUUCGCUUAUUUCGUGCCGUGCUCUGGGUGUUGGCUUGUCUCCGGUGCUCCUCUUUCUCUCCAUCUUAUUCACCCUUUCCUCCGAUUCCUCUCCCCAAAUUUCCGCUGCCCCCUGGACUUCCCCCUCCACAGCCUCUCUAUCUUCAUGCCCUCCUCUACAAAUAUUUCCACAGCUCCCUGCCUCUCCGCCGGUUUUUUUCAAAUUCGUUUCGAUCAGAAGCGCAAAUUUGUAAUUCGGUUCGAAUCUGCAUCACACCUCACUGAUUGCGUCACUGUUCUUCAGUCGGCUACCACAUACGGAGAUCUCUGGAAUUUCCCUACCCUGGAUCUUGAACACGAUUGCCACGGCCUUCGCGCGCUCCUACCUACAGUGGCUCAAGAACAGCGGCAGAAUGACUGUUCCUUGUUACGGGAGUACUCUGAACAAGCUCCUGUAGUGAACAGUGGACCUCUACCGCCAAGCACAAUCGAACUAAAUGCUGCUGCUGUCUGCGAUUUGAACACUCAGAGAGUUGCGCCAAGACUCAAAAUGAGACGCAAAAUCUGCAAUUCUUCCACCUCAAAGUUUUUUCCUGUGACUCGGUGUCCAACCGCACCAACAGCAACCAUGAGUAGCUCUUUAUACUCAGCACCUAGAUAUUCGCAAAAUCAGAACGACGUUCUUCGGUGGCAGAUGCGCGACAAAGACCCAGGAACUUGCCAAGUCGAAGAUCGACAACAGUCUAGCUGUGGAGAUGUUGUGGAUGGCCGUGUAAGCGAAGAAGUUGUGGUUUCUAUUCCGACCAUUUCCCCGGUUAAUAAUGGUUUGAAUUGGUCUCAGAAUCCAUCAUUCAAGUCGUCAGAGUGCGAUUUGGACAUAAGGACGACGGCAGAUAUGUUCAACAUGCAUGCAUCCGAAGAUUCAGAAUUUGGCGACCUCCCAGAUGAACUUUUGGGUUGUCUCCUGGAUCCGUCCUUCCGAUCCCUUGUGGAGAGUGUCGAAGGAAUACUUGGGGAUAUCAAUAACCCCGCAAACAUUGAUUUGAUAACUGUUGCUGAUUUUUUGGCGCUUCGUCCAUGAGGAUUUGUUGUCAAGAUAGCCGUACGGGUUGAAAUUACGGCCUGGCUUUCGACAUAUUUCAGUAGUUUCUGUGGAGAUAUAAACCAAUUUUUCUCGAAAGUUCUUGGGCAACUGGCCUUCGCUGAACGAUUUAGAUGUAAGUGAACCAUUGGAAUUAUUUUCUA